GAUGGUCAAUCGGCCACUUUCGGGUCGAGUGCUAUGUUAGUAAGGGAUAUGAAAAGUAGUGGGCUUAGUUCACUACUCUUGUUCUCUGCAAUAAUACUCUCUUAUACAAAGAAUUCCAUUAAAGUUAUCCCAUAUUUUGUAAAAACAAGAGGGUUGCUUGAACAUUUAAUAUACAGGUGCAAAUAUAAUCUACAUGUGCAGUAUAUUUCAAGAAGUUCCAUCGAAAACAGGUUGACAAAAAGCAGUGGUUUUGUGCAUAAAGUAAUAGUAAGAUAAUGGCGAACAUGCAAACUAAAUUAAAUGUGAAAAAAAAAUAUUACACAAAUGAAUUAGAUGAUUCUGACGAAGAGCGAGAGCUUACCAAUCUUAACUGGCUUGUUGGAAAUCAAAGCAUAAGUUGGUCUACGACUAUUGACUUAAGCCUAAAUAAUAAUUUAAACUUUAUUGAAACUGCCAGAAAAAAAGAAGAAACGAUAAUAUGGGAUAAUUCAAAAAUAGUUCUCGACGAAAAGAAAAUGAUCUACAGCAAGGAAAGCAUACCAACCAAAAAAACCAAAAUAUCAAAAUCAAAAUCUGUUUCUGAUUUUAAAGUAGCAAAAUCGUCAACAUCAAGACGGGUAACUCCCGAUGAACGUUAUGAAAUCUUUUUAAAAAAAAUUAAAUGUGAUUUAGCAGAAUAUGAAAAACUAGCUAGUAAAUACGAAACUGAUGUGACUAGAAAACCACCAUUUAAUUAUUCAAAUAUAAUUGGAAUGGCGAUGUUGAAGAAUGGGCGUGUCACAUUACAACAAUUGUGCGCUUGGAUUGAGUCGAAGUUCGCUUUUUAUCGCGUCCGGAAAAGAUGGAAUAAUUCUAUAAGGCAUAAUUUAUCACUUCAUCACUGCUUUCGUAACCAAAAAAGAGAGGAAAAGGGAAAAGGCGGUUACUGGGAAUUGGGACUUGACCCAAAAAAAAGUGACAAAAAGCGGAUUCGUAAUAGAAAACUGCGCCACGAUAAAUUACACAAUGCCUUGGAGAGUAAGACCAAGUGCUUUCCUGUGCAAAAAUUUGAAAAAAUAAAUAAAAGUAAUAAUAAUACAAUUUCCUCCAAGCCGUCCGUCAGUUCUAAGCAAAGCUCAGUAUUAAUUGAUCCGAUGCCAUCGUUAACUAAAAUGCCAACCAACGAAAACACUUUAGUAAACAAGGAUCGUUUGGAAAUUAACUCUUUUAAUGCUGGUUCUAGGAAAGAAAUUUACGAAAAAGAUCAUAUACUGGAUGCUGUACCUAUAGGAUCAGCUGAAAUUCUUGAUGCACGCCAAUCCUUUCACAAUUUGAGCUAUCAUGAUUCAGAUAGAAAUCAACAGAUCGCCGCCCCAAAUUUCUUGCUACCCAGUGGUGGUACCGGUUAUGAUGACACUAUACCUGUACUUUCAUCUUCCACACAUAUUAGUUUAGACGAGAGUAUUCAAGCAGGAAUUUCAAGUUCUGGCAACGUUAAAACUAAUUACGAUUCCGAAAACUUAGAUGGUAUUGAUGAGCGAUUUCAUUGUCUACAUGCCAGCAUUCAGUACAGUCGUGGUGACGAUAUCUUAGACAACUUCUUGGACGUUUGUCCAUUACAUUAUUAAAGAAAAUCUAAUAAAGCUAUCAACAAAAAAAUAUGUUUUCUAGUUAU